UUUUUUUAUAUCCCUUUUCCUUACUAAAUUUGACAGCAAAAAUAACAUAUACAUUUUGUAACUUGGGAAUUCCGAAUAAGUUAUAAGUAGUACUUAGAUAUUAUUUAAAUAAAAUACUUUAACAAGCUUUGUAAGUUCUGGUAUUUUAUUUUAAUAAUAUAGGUGAGAUUAUUUCUCGUAAAAUAAGAAGAUAUUUUAAUUAGUAACAAAAGGGCCCGCAAGAGGCGCUGAACGGAUGAAAUUAAUGCUUGUCCAUUUAAAUUUCCCGCCAAAUGGUGAUUAGUUAACACUACGGUCGCAUGUGGCGAAAGGAACCAAAUUUUUACAGUGAGUUGCCUAUCUAUCCGGUAAUACUAUAUUAUUUAUCUAUGGUAAAAAUACUAUAUAUCCGUGUUUUCUUAUAAAAUAUAAAAGAACGUGACUGAUUUUAUUUUUUGAGUGUAAAAAUUAUUAUUGGAAUAAGAAUGGAAGUAAAACAAGAAAUUAGCGAGGAGCAGUUUAAAAUAGAAAUAGAGUAUAAUGAUUUGGACCAUGCUCUUUUGGAUGGUUUUAAAUGUGAAGUUCAGGAGGAAUUCAAUAGGCAAAGUACACAUGAUACAAAUGAUUCUGAAGACUUAAAGAAUGGUUCCACAAAUACUGAAAUAGAACAACAUGGAAAUAAACUUUUUAGCCAAGAAACGUUUAAAAUAGAAAUAGAGUAUAAUGAUUUGGACGGUUCUCUUUUGGAUGGUUUUAAAUGUGAAAUCCAGGAGGAGUCCAAUAGGCAAAGUACACAUGAUACAAAUGAUUCUGUAGACUUAAAGAAUUGUUCCACAAAUUCUGAUAUAGAACAACAUGGAGAUAAACUUAAGCCAUUUGUAGAAAAUCUAAAAGCUGAAGGUUAUCCCCAAAAUGAAAACAAAACGGAGAUCAUGGAGAGACUCAUUGAAGAUUUAUCUUACGUAGGAAAUUACUCGAGUCAACACACUGAAGAAAAAACAGUAAAUAAAGAUGUGAAAGUUGUGACUAGAAAAAGACCUUAUAAAUGUGAGAUUUGUUUUAAGAAAUUUAGUAGAGCAAGUCAUUUGAAAACACAUUUGAGAGUGCACACUGGAGAAAAACCUUAUAAGUGUGAGAUUUGUUUUAAGCAAUUUAGUAAUUCAAGUCAUUUGAAAACACAUUUGAGAUUACACACAGGGGAAAAACCUUAUAAGUGCGAGAUUUGUUUUAAGCAAUUUCGUGAAGCAAAAACUUUGAAAGGACAUUUGAGAUUGCACACUGGAGAAAAACCUUACAAGUGUGAGGUUUGUUUUAAGCAAUUUAGUCAAGCAAAUGCUUUGAAAAUACAUUUGAGAGUGCACACUGGAGAAAAACCUUACAAGUGUGAGAUUUGUUUUAAGCAAUUUAGUAAUUCAAGUCAUUUGAAAAAACAUUUGAGAUUACACACAGGGGAAAAACCUCAUAAGUGCGAGAUUUGUUUUAAGCAAUUUCGUGAAGCAAGUAAUUUGAAAGUACAUUUGAGAGUGCACACUGGAGAAACACCUUAUAAGUGUGAGAUCUGUUUUAAACAAUUUCGUCAAGCUUGUGUUUUGACAAAACAUUUGAAAGUGCACACUGGAGAAGAACCUUACAAGUGUGAGAUUUGUUUUAAGCAAUUUAGUCAAGCAAGUACUUUGAAAAUACAUUCGAGGGUGCACACUGGAGAAAAACCAUACAAGUGCGAGAUUUGUUCUAAGCAGUUUUCUCACAAAGCUAGUUUGAAAUAUCAUUUAAGAAUGCACACUGGAGAAAAACCGUACAAGUGUCAAAUUUGUUUUGAGCAAUUAAUUAACUCAAGUAAUUUGAAAGGACAUUUGAGAGUGCACACUGGAGAAACACCUUACAAGUGUGGGAUUUGUUUUAAGCAAUUUAUUAACUCAAGUAAAUUGAAAAGACAUUUUAUGGUUGAUGGUCAUUACUGGGGAAAAACCUCAUAAGUGCGAGAUUUGUUUUAAGCGAUUUAGUCGAGCAAGUGAUUGGAAAAGACAUUUGAGGGUGCACACUGGGAAAAAACCCUUACAAGUGUAAGAUUUGUUUUAACCCUUAACUGGUGAUGUGACGUGGGGUCUUAGCGUACCCCAUUUUUAAAAUAAUGUUUAUCGGCUUAUUUUCUUUUAAAUGGAUUACAUAUUACUUUAAAAUACAAAUAAAAAAUAUUAGAUUAGAGCUACAUUGAUUAUUACAUGAUUAUUUAUAAGCUAUUGAUUAUGUAUUUUAGGAAGGAACUACAACGUUAACGGGUUUUAUUGUUUAAGGGGAGGGGGUAUGGUUUGAAAUCAACCUAUCAAGCACAUUUUUGUGAAUUUUUUUCGAAGCUAUGGUACAAUUAUUUUAUUUUUAAAUUAAAUAAACAUAUUAAGUACAAUUGAAAGAAUAUUUAAAAGAAAUUCAAUCCAAAAUAUUGAAAAGUAAGCCAUUGGUGACAAAUUUUGACAGGCAGCUCACAAAAAAAUGGAUUUUGCGGUGGACAUCAGAACUCAUCACUAGAUCAUGCGAAACAAAAAAUUCAAAAAUAUUUAAUUAGCUUAUGAGUUUCACGAGGUCACAACGUCGAGUUUUUUUAUUUUUGAUGAUUUUUGAAUUUUUGGUAUCACUCAGAAAUAAAAAAAAUGAAAUUUUUAUUAAAAAUUUUGUGAAAAUCAACAGAUUUAUUAUUGUUGAACAAAAAAUAAGCAAACAAAGAAAAAUAUCUCGACGUUGUUACCUCAUGAAAUGUCUAAAGGAAAUCUGUGCAAAAUAUCAGGUAGAUCGGCCGAGUAGUUUUUCAGUUACAAUGUCCACCGCAUUUGAAAAGCAGUUUUGAGAAAUAUUCGUUUAAACUGCAUCUUCAUUUUCUUAUUUGUCUGCCAAAUCGAAAAGUGAUGCACAUUGGAAUAUGUUUUUUGAAUCGAGGAGUAAUCCACAAAAGAGAAGGCGAACAGUUGUUUAACGUUUCUCACUACGCUCAAGCGUGCUGGCGCGAGGUUGCGGCAAAGCGAGUCGAAGGUAGGGAUAUUCAACACGCUGUAUCUCUGGUAAUUUUACUCCGAUUAUUUUGAAAUUUUCAUAGAGUAUUCUUGAAAGUAUGCACUUUUAUUUGAAAUAAUAAAAAAUAUAUUUCAAACCAUACCUCCCCUUAAUAUAGUCAAUGGACCUCUAAAUAUGAAAAACCCGCGGAGUGCUACCAUUUAAAGGGAUGAAUUAAUCCCUAGGUACAGGGCGGAUUAGGGUGAGUUCUAUGCACUUUUGGUACAAACACGUUUACAGGAAAAUUGUUCCAGGUUAAAUUUACUAUAGAAACAUCACAUUUUUUAAAGUAAAAAAUAUUUUUUUACAAAAAUAUAUUCAAAAGAAAAGCAAGAGAAAAACACGAAAGAUAGCAAUUUUGUUUUUUGCUCCAUAACUUUUUUCCACGGGGAUAUAUAGGUAUAGGCAUUGUUUCACAGAAAAAAGACCUUCCAUCAUUCCUCUUUAAAAUAACGUUUGGUAGAAGUCUCUAUGAUUUACAGUUUUCAAAAUAUGAUUUUUCAAAGUUUUUGUAACUUUUUUCUUCGUAGCUUUAGGUAUAUGCAAUAGAGUGCAUCGAAAAAGGCGAAAAAAAAAUUUUUGCGAUGGAAAAGUAAUACAUCGAAAAAGUUACCCAAUCAACUGUUAAGUAUUUUGGUAAAAUCUGGUCGAAAUUGGAAAAUAUCUUCUGCUCCCCCAAGACAAUUAAAAAUUUUGAAAAAAUAUUAACAGACGGAAAAGUUUUUUAUUUUGAAACGAAAAUGUAAUACCUCACAAAAGUUGCCUAACACACUUAGUGUUUUAGCAAAAAAAAUAUUUGCUGCCCCUCCUCCCUCCGCCGGCAACUAAAAAUUAGGAAAAAUACUAGAAAAUAUUUUCUGGUUGCACAAGGCAAUUAAAAAUUUUACUUAAGAAAAGUAUACUCCAACAUACUUUUUAUAACAAAAUAGCCUAACUUAUCCGUCUCCCUGACGUCACCAAAGUUUUUUAAUACUAAAUAAUAUAAAGCUAAAUACAAAAUUACUAUAAUUUUAAAAUAGUACAUUAGGUAUAUAAAUAUUACAAAAAAUAUGGUAAAAACAUUCUAUUCGAAGAUGUCUUCCGAUUUAGCACUAAAAUGGUGCAUAGUUUUCUGGAAUCAAUUCGCGUUUUUAUAAAUCCAUCCCUCGAAUACGCUCCACAAACUGCUAUACGCUCUGAGCUUCGCUGGUGUCGCUCCUAGAGGAUUACUAAUUCAACUUUCACCGGUAAUUUUUAAAUUUAUUAUUUAGUUGUUAUCGCUUAAUAUUUACAACGCUAAAAAGUAAUUGUAAUAGAUUUUUUUUAAGAUUUUGCUAAUCAUUUUGACGUUCUAUUGAUGAAAUAUUAAUUUCUUACUUUGGAUACUUUCACAAUUAUUAUCGUGUAGAUGGCGCUAAGAUUAAUAGAUUAAUUUAUAAUUACAUAUUACGGCACAUUAAAAAAACGUAAAUUCAGUAUUUAAAACGUAAGUAUAUUUAACGUAAAAAUAUAUACCACAGCUUUGACCAACUAAUAUUUUUUAUAAUUAAUGUUUUUAAUUUUAAUUUUAAAUUAAUCACUUUGACAUUUAUGUCAAAUUUCCGGUAAACGUUUACAGACUUGUCACUACUGGCGCUCGCGAAUUUAUAAAUAUCCCCUCUACCUACGAACUCACAGCGUUUAGAAGCUUGUAUCACAAGCUUGACACAUCGUUCUACACAUUGUUUAUGGCAAUGAUAUUUCUCAAUCUCAAUGUUAGAAGGCUCUAAGGGAGGAUUCUUAAUAAAAUCUCGCAGAUGUCACUCGAAAAGCUAGAGAAUAUAGGUGGUUCUGUAAGGUGAUAUUCUUGCUAGUUAAUUAACUCAAAGUAGUCAUUUGAAUUAAAAAUUUUAUAAGACAAAGUUUGAAGACCCUCAUGUUUUUUUAUUUGGUCACUGGCAAACUUCUUUUGAUGUUCAAGGGGAAGAUCAUUUGAAUUUCGCAAUUAUACAAACCACUGAAGCCUGAAGCGGUUUUUUAAGAUGUUUUUCUAGCAGUCGUAUUACAUCACCCUUAACGCCAGUAUUUACGACUGUUACAUGCAAUAGCUGGAUUUGAUUUUUUCUGAUGUACCAGGCAGCGGAGACCAGUGCCGGUUUAUCCACUGGGCGCUUGGGGCGGGCACCCAGGGGCCCUUCCUUUUAUUAAUAACAAAAUAAAGUCCGAUAAUAAUCGAGGUACAUAUUAUUUUAAAUAGAGAAAAGUCUACGAAAUACAUGAUAACCUUGUAAGAACGUGACAACUUUUAAAUCAGAGUGAUUGCUUAGAAAAUUGUAUGAAAUGUAUGAGCUGGAGACAAAGCUUGUUAUAGACGAAUAAUGAAAGCACAUCUUAUAGAGUAAAACCCAAUGGAGGCGAAGAGAAGAGAGAUUGGCUAAUAUAAUACGGACAGUGGCGGCUAGUCCUAUGAGGCAGGUGAGGCAGUGCCUCACCGGUAUAUCAAUCGACUCUUUACGUUAUUUCGUUAUGUCAUCAUCAAUUCUUUAAAUACAAUUUUAAUGUUUGAAAUUUGCUAAAUAACUUUAUUUUCGUUAUUUCAUCAUCAAUUAUUUAAAUACAAUUUAACUUUUUGAAACUUGCUAAAUAACUUAAUUUUUAUUACAAAACUUAGUAACUUUAUUUUUAUGAUAAAAAAUAAAAAUAGGUAGGUACGGCCCUGACCCCGUAUCUUUGUAGUUAGCGUUCUUCAUAAAUACAUCGGUAGGUACCUAAGUACCCUACGUGGGAGUAUAUAUGCGUCUCAUUCUCACUUUCUCAAAUUAUAGCAGAAGCACUGCCUCAGAUGGGUCCUUGUCUAGCAUAUUACGAAGCCGGCGGUGAUCGGCCGGCCGCAAUAAAAUUUAAACUGAGAAUAAUUUUUGGAGCCGGGAUUAAAUAUCCUUUCAGAGGCUGGCAAAAAUAUGCCUCUAGCGUGGUUUUGCAGUUAGUUAGGUAGUUUGUUAAAGCAGUUUGUUCUGGUGUGUACUUGGCCUUCUUACACUACACUCUGGUUACUUACUAUUAGUAUAAUUAGAUGUUUAGAAUAUGUUAUCAUGCUGUGACUAGCUAUAUGCCAUUUUCCAAAUGUCAAUUAAAUAAGUAAAUUAAUAAAAAAAUUAGAAAUUAUGAUUUCUUUCAUAAUAAUUUUACUUUUAAGCACGCUGUUUAAUAAAAAAUAUAAAAAACCAAAAAAAUAAAAUUUAACCCUUAGUUUAUUUUACAUAAAAAAUCAAUCUUAUAAUAUAACAGUAAUUUGCUUACUUGCUUGUUUUUAUUUCCUAUAUAUUCAAUACAUUUACAAUAUAAGAUUGGUUCCAAAUGAAAUUAUCACGUGUUUGAAGGUAUAUUGAUUGCGCACAAUAAUUUCAUUUUGGCAACUGAUUAAUAAUAAAAGAAUCAGUCAACAGCGUAACCAGGAUGAUCCUAAGGGGGUAUGGGUCUCCGGGGGUAUGGAAUUAAGGAGGAUGUUAAGGGUAUGGGGCGCUUAUAACCCCUAAAAACCCCCUGGUUACGCCACUGAAAUCAGUUGUAUGUUCUUGUCAUGUAGUAUAUAAUGUAAAUUUUGCUUAAUAUGACUGUACAACGCUGAUGAGACCAAGAAAGGACGAAACAUCUGACUCGCACUGUUUUGAUAUGUGGUAUUAUAUUAAUUAUUUUUAGCUAAAAAAAAACAGCUAAUAAGAGUAUGAACGAUGUUAUAGACUUAGAACUUUCGACUUUCUUUUGCGAAUAAAAUAAUUGUUAUUUAAUAUCGUUUGCAAGCCUUAAAAUAAAUACGGUGCCGUUUUGUGACGUUAUGACGCCACAAAAUCGACCUUCCGGCUAUUAAAGAAAAGCUAACCAUAAUAAUACAGUAAACUCCCUCUAUAACGAGAACUGAAAUGGCGUACUAAUUACCUCGUUAUAAGCGGAUCUCGUUAUAUCAGACAACAAUAUUAUGUAAUAUAUUAUGUUUAGGAUGUAAAAGAAGAAGACCAACGACAGACAGAUGUCAGCGACGUAACGCCAUUCCGGCUAGCGUCAUGUAACUUGUAAGUUGUAGCUUCUUGAUUGCUAAUAAAGAUUUGUAUGAACAAUACUGUUUAAUAUUUGAUUUACAUGACGAAAGGAACUUAAAACAGUACAUAUCACCACUAUUGAAAUGUUUUGAAGCCUCCUACAUAGUUUAUUAGGUGUCGAUCAUCGACUUCAACAAUGAAACUUGGCCAUCGCAAAUUGUAAAUUUCCUACGAUAUUCAAUAUCGGUCGACAGAUAAAUAGGAAGGAAGUUACAGGCGGUGGAAUUUAUUACAGCACUGGCCUCGGUAAGCACACAGAUGUUGGACAUACCUCGUUAUAAGCGAAACUUCGUAAUACCCGUGUUCGUUAUAGAGAGAGUCUACAGUAAUAUUCAUCAAGUGUAGUGUGCCUCACCAUCUUGUACUAUCACGAGCCGCCCCUGAAUACGGAAGUGUUAAAGCUGUUUAUUGUUACCAGUGCAAAUUAUUUUCAAUUGAAAAAAAUUAUUUAACUGAUUUUGGAUGUAUUUUACCCACUGGAAACAUUUGAAUAGUUUGCUCAAAUCUCAGGAAGAAAGUAAAUUUUAUCUGAACUCUAUGGUUACAUUAGUAACAAAAUCAUCAGUUAGAUGGAGUUAUAUGGAUCAUCAGUUAGGUUGGAGUUAUAGACGCUGGCUUGAAAGAGCAAGUAGAACGCGAAUCUGACUAUUGGGUAAAGGUUAUAAGAAGAGUUGUUAUCAAUUACUUUUAAGUAAUUGAUUAUAAAAAUGCCACAAGAAAAUAGCUUCAGAACAACAUUAAGAAGAGUUGUUGUCACCAUUAAAUUACUUGCUCCUUAAGGACUAGCUUUCCGUUGAUCUCAUGAGGAAUUAAAGAGUCGUCAUAAAGGUAAUUAAUUAAGUUGUCUUGUAUACUUGGCAUUUGACAAUUUCUUAGAUAAGCAUUUACAGCGGAAUACGAAUAAAGCAAAAGGUUCAGUUAGCUAUCUGUCUGACCAAAUUUUUAAUGAAUUCCUGGAAGUGAUGAAAACAAAACUUGUAGAAACUUUUGACGCUGUAAAUGCUUUACUUAAAAACUACUGAUCCAUCAAACAUAUUUUUCCAAUUAAGGAAUAAUAGAGACAAAAAUUUGCAGUUAGAAGUGAAGCUAAGACACUGUAGAAUAAAAUGGAUACCUUUGAGACAGCUCUAUUGACAUUGAUUUGGGCAAAAAUUUUAAAACGCGUGAAUGCAACAAGGAAACGUUAGAAACUGUGGACUCGAAUGUGUCAAUUGGAGUAGAAUUAAUGACAUUUGAGCUUUGUUGGAGACAUGAGAAAUAUAUUAAGCGAAAUUGAACUAGAAGCCAAAAAUAUUUUUUUGCGAAGGCGAGGAUAUCUCAAAUAUAUUCUAUAGAAUUGACUUUCAAAGAACAAAGAAAGAAAAAACAGUUUUCGAUGCAGAAGUUGAAAGUGAAACAAUUUUAAAGGGACAGGAGAGAUUCCGAAUUGAAGUAGGUACCUAUUUAAUGUUAUAUGCAACAAUAUUACCCAAGUUCUUUUAAAGAAAAUAUAAUGCUACAAAGAUGUUACAUCAGCUGUUAGAUGUUUUUUACACUAAAUAAAGAAGAAGUCAAGACGUGAGUUAAUAGUUUAUGAGAGAAAUAUAAAAAAUGUUGAUGAAACCAAAGAGAACUUGCAUAAUGAAACUACUCGUUUUGUAACGUUAAGCCCAAAUUUUAACAAACAUUUUAAAAAUUUGGUGUCAUCCAGGAUGUAAAGGCAACUUUUCCUAAUUUUGAACUUUACUGAAAGUUUAUUUGAUAAUACCAAUUUCUAAUGCGUCAGGCGAGCGGUCUUUUUCGGCUUUAAAAAGAAUAAAGAUACAUAUAUUAAAGGUCACAUUUGGAUCAAGAAAACCUAGAAGCAUUAUCACUAUUGUAUUAGAGAAAAUGAAGGACGAGCAACUGAAUUUUGAUAGUAGGUAUUAAUAUGGCAGUUUGCUAAUGCCAAGUCAAGAAAUAAAAUGAGCUAAUUUUUGUCUUAUGUAUUUUUUAGAAUAUGUUUUUUUGUUUGUCAUGUGUUGAAAGUAGAACUUUCUGUUUUUUUUUGUAUUUUUAAAUGUAUUAUUUGGAAUCUUUUUUACGUUGGCUAUUUUUCUUGUUUGUUUUAAAAAUUUUAUCGUAUGGAUUUUACAAUUAGUCCAUUGAAAUGUUACAUUUAGUGUGCAUUUCUUAGAGGAGUCAAUUUUAUUUUUUUAAUGUGUAGGGGGGUUCAGUAGAAGCUUAAGUUCAAGUUUUUGGGGUUGAGGCCCUUGUCCCCCGGCCGCCAUCUUGGAAAAAGAGGUGCAAAGGGCUUUCGCGCUGUAUCUCAUAAACUAGCUACCUUACAGAAAAUUUAAUUUCACGUAAAAUGAAGCAAAUUAAAUUUUCUACAAUUUUAUACCUAUUACUUUUUAUCGUAAAGUGACCAACAAAAAAGUUAUAAACAAAAAUAAGAGAAAAUUUUGUAAAAAAUUUCCUUUUGGAGGUUAUAACUUUGUUUACGUUCAUUUCACAAUAAAAUAACAUCAUAGCGAUUUUGUAGAGGAUUUUUCAAUAAACAAUUUUCACUAUAAAGUUGUUUAAUUUUAUUUAUUAUCUAGGUUUUACAGCGCUCCAAACUUGACCAGAUUCUCGAAUUCUCGUAGAAAAAUAAUGCUGUUCUAUCUACAUAUUAGUAUUAGACGAGCGGCAUUAACCGUUAUGCCAAUCACGAAAAUCAAAUUUAAUUUGAAUGAUCAAUUUUGGUCUAUUUUUGUUUUCGAGGUCGCUGAAUCCGAAUAUGAAGUUUAUUUUUAUCUAGAGUUGGUGGAACAUGUUAAAAAAAGAAAUUUUAUACAAAAAUGGCAAAAAUCAAUUUUGAUGGUUUUUCAAAUUUACCUCGUUGUAUCUUUGGUCGCUGUAAAUAUUUCCUUUUAAAAAAUUUACUGUGUCAUCUUUGAAGUAUGUAGAUAGCAAUGAAAUUUGUCCAAAAUGUUUAAACACAUUAAAAAAGGAGUUGUUAAUUUAUUAACAUUUUGUCAUCAUAUUUCGUUAGUUUCAUGUUUACUUAAAAAAGUUGAGUGACAAACUUUUUAGUUUAUAAUUUUAACCAAAACAACAAUAAAAUAUAGUUCAUGAGGAAGUUUUUUGGAAAAUUUUAAGUCAAAAUAUACAGGGUGUCCCAUACUAAUUUAGCCACGCUAUAUCUCUUAAACCAAUAGAGAUUUUCGAAUGGGACAAAAAGUGAUAUAUUCAACUUGUAACACACUUUAAUAUGACGUACAAAAAAUCAUCCCCUAAGUAUUCAUACCUAAGAUUCCUUGAAUCUUUCCCUGCAUAAUUAAUUUUAGGAGUUCAUAUCUGUCACCACGUGUUAUAUGACCCAAGUAUUGAAGUUUUCUUAUUUUGAUGGAAUCCAGUAUCUCCCUGCUGUUCUGUAUUCUCAUUGGUUAUUCUGUCUGUCCAGGAGAUUCUCAGCAUUCUUCGAUACGUCCACAUCUCAAAUGCUUCCAAUCUAUUGAGGCAUUGUUUAUUGAGAGUCCAUGUCUCCACACCAUACAAAAGAACAGAAAAUACAUAACAUUUUAGUACUCGCUUUCUAAGAUCUAGGCUGAGGUCUCGACUACACAAUAUUUGUUUCAUAUUAGUGAAUGCACUUCUAGCCUUUUCUAUUCUAAUUCGGAUUUCUUUGGUAUAAUCGUUUGUUUCACUAAUGUUCGUCCCUAAAUAGUUAUAAUU